GAAAGUUGACGAGCAUUCCAAGCCACUCCGUUUUUUGAGAAUCGCUAGCUAGUAGUAGUAGUGUGACCCAGCCUUCUUCUCUACCAGUUCACCCUUUAGAGGCAGAAAGUCUUGGUGCUGCUCUGUUAAUUCGCUAAGAGUUGCUAAACUUAAACUAACACCUUUUUUCAGUCCUUAUGGGAGUAUUGAAAAGGAAUUACUGAACUGAGUGGAGGCGUCCAAGCAAAAACAUCGACAACAACAACAAACAGCAAGGGGCAGUGCAGUUGCACAGAUCAGCCCCCUUGUAGUUAUCUUUCCCCACACAUCUUCACCACGCCUGGAUCAGCAUGCAUCACCCUGGCUCCUCAAGCAGUGCAGUGGGGUUUCUGCCAGCCAUGUAUGCAUUUUCAGGCCCCACCAGCGUGCCUGAAUUUGACUUCGGACCUCUGAGUUCAUCUGAACGCCUGCAGGGAGCAACCAACUCCAACAACAGUUGGGACACAAGAUGCCACAGAAAGCACAAGAGGAGAGCUGAUGAUGAGGCAUGCUGCGCCAAGAAGAGGAAGUUAAUGUCUGAGGCUGAGGUGGACUUUCCAGAGAACUCCAGCGCUCAAAAUGACUGGCCUGCAGGAGACAGCAGUCCGUCUCCGUCUGCGCGAGACCCCCCCACUCAGCCCUUCUCUGUGCCACAGCCCCCGUCUGCCCUGUCCCAACCCGAAAGCGAGAACUUCUGCAUGGAGAUAGAGGCAGCUCACAGGAAGCUGCAGGAGAUUGAAGACAGAAUAACACUUGAAGAUGACGAUGAGGAUGAAGAUCUGGAUAUCGAGCCAGCUCAGAGACGGCCAGUGCUGGUCCUUUCGGACAGUCUGAAGGAGGGUCUGCAGCGAGGGAUCAGCGACAUCCUCCCUCACACCGUGGCCCAAUCUGUGAGCCAUUCGGGCAUGGAGUUGGUGCUGUGGCGUCCUCCAGAAGAUCCCUUUUGUCGGCGGCUGAAGGGCUCAUUACAGAAGCAGCGUAAACAACAGACAAUGUGCCGCCAACACCCGACUCCCUGUCCGUCCCCCGCCCCCCACAGGCCCCUCAGCCCCCCCAGUCCGCCCCCAGACACACCUGCUCCUCUGUACAGUUUCCCUGUGACCCGCAGCUCUGGAGAGGAGGACAUGGAAAUGUAA